AUGAAGCAUGGCGUCGCGUUUCGCAAAUUCUCAAGGACAUCAUCUCACCGGAUGCUCAUGCUGAGGAAUUUGGUUACUUCACUCUUUGAGCAUGAACAAAUUAAGACGACUCUUCCAAAAGCAAGAGAUACUGCCAGACUGGCGGAGAAGAUUAUCACCAUGGGCAAGAAGGGCGACAACGGCUCAUACGACCGAGCAUCCGCGUUCCUAUUGAAGCCUCUCGCGCUGUCGAAACUCUUCUCUACCUUUGCCAAGCGAUAUGCCGAAAGACCUGGAGGCUAUACUCGAAUACACAAAUUUGGAAACCGACCAGGUGACAAUGCGCCGCACGCCAUCCUAGAACUUGUCGAUAACCCACGGGAUUUGAAGUGGGAAAUGACCUCAAGGGCAGUUGGGAUGGAACUGCUGCGAGAGAAGCUGAAGUCGAAACGGCCAGAAGCUAUUCUUAAUGCCGGUCUUGCAAACACUACAAAAAUAUUGAAAGAGGAACAAAGCAAGCAAGUAGAAGAGAAGGGUGUGUUGAGGCCAAAAACCCGUCUGAAUCUGCAAAAAGUUCUUCGAUAUAGAGGUGAAGCUGGCAUGCAGGCCCUCGGACAGAAGGCGUCCGAAUAUGCAGAUGAACUCCUUGCGACGCCAAUGGUGUUCAGGUCCGUGGACGAAGAGAACAAGGCGGCAAACCCACAAACUCAUCCGCCUCGCCGCCAUGCUGGUCAUAAACGCGUCGGCGAAACAAGACCUGCUCUUAGUAUUGCCACAGGUGCUCUUGCUCCUGACGCAGAAUCCCCAACGCAAAGGAGGAAACCGGUUUUUAGUAUGGAAAAUGCUUUGACGGAAGGUUUCAAAUGUGCUUAA